UGGUUGCACUGACUUUGGAGUCAGCCUUCAGCUGCGGAGGGGCUUGGCGGGGACCAGCUGAGAAAGUUGCGCUGAGGGAGGCGGGGUUGAGGUGGGCCCAGCCGGGUGCGGGGAAGACGUCCUGACUCCCAGUGUGUCCCAGCAGUUCCGGUGGUUCCGAAUUGAAGACCCAACUUCUCCUCACACAUUGGAUUAUGCCCAAGGCUUUUCUACCCAAUGAUUCUCUUGCAACACGCCGGGCUUCCUCUGCCUAAGCGGCCCGCAUCCUCUCUUCCUAUGUCAGUGGCCGCCAGGUCUACAGGAACCUUGCAGCAUUCGCCGCAGAAGCCUUUUGGGCAGGAGGCUUCCUUACCUCUGGCAGGGGAAGAAGAAUUACCGAAGGGAGGGGAGCAAGACUCUGCCCUGGAGGAGCUGUGUAAGCCCCUAUACUGCAAACUCUGCAAUGUCACCUUGAACUCAGCACAGCAAGCCCAGGCUCAUUAUCAGGGUAAAAAUCAUGGUAAGAAACUCAGAAAUUACUAUGCAGCGAACAGCUGUCCUCCUCCUGCCAGAAUGAGCAACGCGGUAGAACCUGUGGCCACCCCAGCCGUUCCUGUCCCUCCACAGAUGGGCUCCUUUAAGCCAGGAGGCAGAGUGAUCCUGGCCACGGAGAACGAUUAUUGCAAGCUCUGCGAUGCCUCCUUCAGUUCUCCCGCAGUGGCUCAGGCUCACUAUCAAGGGAAGAAUCACGCCAAGAGGCUGCGGCUGGCGGAAGCUCAGAGUAACUCAUUCUCGGAGUCUUCAGAGGCAGGUCAGCGGCGGACCCGGAAAGAAGGGAAUGAAUAUAAAAUGAUGCCUAAUAGGAGAAAUAUGUAUACAGUACAGAAUAAUUCAGGAGGUCCGUACUUCAAUCGUCGCUCUCGGCAGAGAAUUCCCCGUGAUCUGGCCAUGUGCGUCACUCCGAGUGGCCAGUUUUACUGCUCCAUGUGUAACGUUGGGGCUGGCGAAGAGGUGGAGUUCCGGCAUCAUUUAGAGAGCAAGCAACAUAAAAGCAAGGUGUCUGAACAGCGGUAUAGGAAUGAGAUGGAGAAUCUGGGCUAUGUAUAGUGAUCGUUGUAUUCCAGUAGAGCAGCUCAUCCUGCCUGUCGUUUGCCUUCUGUCAAUAUGCCCUGCUUUGUGGUCCUUUUGAUAUGAGUACAUUCCUCUGCUUAAUGUUAACACAUGUAACCUGCAGUGGUGCGGUGAGAUGUCAAAACUGGGGAAGGACGAGAACAUGCUUCUUAGGUCAUGAUGCUUCUUCAGGUUAGUUGUGUUGAGUUACUUAGACCAUGUGACCUCUCCACCCCGUGAGAAAUAAUGGUUUAUCUUGACCAUCUGGUCAGUUAGUAGCUGACCACUUAGAGCUUUAACUAUUUAACAGGCUCAUCUUCUUUUGCAAUUUUAGUUUUAUGAACUCUUAAAUAAAAGGUUUUUAUGAGUUCUUCAGAUCACAGUGAAAACAGGUAAGCAGAGAUUUCAGUUUCCCAAGGCUUCUUUGGAACCACCACCUGUACUCAGUGUCUUGGUGGUGGGGUCUUCUCCGGGACAUUUCCCCCUUUAUCAUGUCUUCCCAUUAUCGAGAUGAAGGUUUUCUUGGACUCAGACACUUUUGAUGGGGACUUGCAAACAGUAAAACUUAAUUUCCAGUUAUGGAUUUCACAUAUUUAAAUUCCACCUUCUUUCCUCUCCACGCCCUCCCCACCCAGCUGAAUUAGCUUGUCUGAUAAGCUUAUUUUCAUGCCCCAGCUGUGUUGUGGAAUUUCCAAGCCCCACAUUUGAAUAUCCAAUGAAUCGAAGAUAGAUACGAUAUUUUUUUAAAAAAUAUUUUUCAGCUGGUUUUAGAAAAUGUAAAGAUGUGUUUGAUUUUUCAAUUUAGAGUUACUUCAUUGAUAAUGACUUGUUACUUACAUGAUGGUCUCAAUCAUAAGUUUAGAUCUCUGGAUAUUUGGUUUGGCAGACUUUGGAGAUAAAACAAUCCUUUCAUUGAACUCAUAUUCAUCUCUUGUUGGUUUGCUGGUUGUUCUGAAAAAUACCGUUACCUGACUUUGAUAGAUAGAGAGGAAUUUUUAAAAAGUUAAUCAAAUUUCAGUAUUAUCAUUUCUAGCAGAAAAAUACAUGAACUUUGAUUUCAUUCUUUCUAACUCAGCUUUCUUGAAGAUAAUAGAAAUAGCAAAAUAUGUUAUAGAUUACUUGAUAUUUGAUAAUGACAACAGUAUUAUUAGUUUUGUAUUUUGUUUUUAGAAUAAAGCUCUAGUGUAUGUCUAGAUUAACUAAUGGAAUACUCUAUGAACUUUCAUUAACUGUACUUUAUCUACUUAUAUUUACAUGGAUAAGACCGUGCUCAUCCAUCCUUCUUUUGAAAGGCCACAUAGAAGUUUAUAUUGAGAAGUAUCUUUGCACUGUGGUCAAUUCACACUUGAUUGCUUAUAUUACUAAUUAAAAAAAAUAACCAAACUCCUAAUUUUUUCUUGAGAAUUCUAUAUGCAAAGAAAUGGGGAGAAGGAAAAUUACAAUCAUCAUUUCUUUCCUUUAAUACUUCCAAAUAAUUUUUGAACGAUCUAGACCCAUAUUUAAAUUUUAGUUUUAUGAUUAACCUCUGGUACAAUAUCAAAUCAUUCUUCUGUUGAAGAGAUGGUUUUUGAAAGGAAGAAUUAUUUAAUUUUUUUCCCCCAGAAACAGAAGAAUGAGUUAAUGUUUGGUUGAGAUUCUAUCCAGACCCGUAACUCUUAGUAUAAUAAUGCUUUGUGCAGUUAUCUGUAAAAUAGAGUUGAUUAGUUUAGGGCAAUUUAGAGCUUAGUUUAUUGGUCAGUAGGUUAUUCAUUUUGCUGCUAAGUAAUUAUUUGGUAGAUUUUAAUAUUACAGUGCUGGCCACUAGGUUCUGUGAUUAUUUAAAAAUCCCAUCUUCCCUUCUUUUUGUAUGUGUAUUUAUACACACACACAUAAAACUAUAGAUAAAUACUUUUAUGUGACAUCAUAGAGAAGAUUUCAUUGAAUUCUUAUUUCAGGUAACAGUAAACAAUUGUGGAUAAGAAUUUGUAUUUUGUAAAAGUGACAUUCAUCCAUUUUCAUUUUUUUCCUUUGCAAAUAAAAUAAAAUUAAAGGAAGGGUUUUUCUUAUUUUUCCCACUUAAUUUCAAUAUAUAUACAAAGAGGAGUGGAUUUAAGGCCUUGAUGUUUUUCCUGGCCUUGUGUAUUCAGGUUUCCAGUAUCCCAGUGCCCUUAAUGGACUUUGUGAAUGCAUAAACACAUUUUCUUUUAAAGAAAAAAAAGAUUUAUAGUGUUAUUUCUUACUUGCCAUAUUUCUUUGCACUAAAAAAGAGCUACGUGUUUGUUUUAUAUGACACUUUAGAUACCAUAUUGCCUAUUCUGUUUACUCCUUAAUUUCUAAACUCUGGGAAGUUGGUGAAUAACUUCUGUGAUCACUUAUAGAAGUGACAUACACAUCUCCUCUAAAAAGCCCCUACAAGUCUCUGUGACAGUGGUGUGCUCUGGGUUUGUUGCUUCAUAAUGUUCUGUGUUCCACAGGUGAAAAAAAGGGUGACAGAAGCUGUCAGAAAGGAAAUGCCUAAAAGUACAUCUCUGCAUAGUACGGUAUCUCAUGUCAUGCAUUCCUAGUAGACAGUGUUUUUCCGGGUCAGAGAAGGUGGUUGUUACUGCUGCAGUCAGUGAUACGUGCUCUCCAUUGAUUUCAUUUUGUGUGCCCUAGCGUUUGUACCCUGAGCUCCCCAGGGUCCCGUUAGUAUCUUUUACAGGCGGUAGACAAGGACAGACCGAGGCCUAAACAGAGGAAAACCUGUGGUCAGGUAAAUUAAGUAGAUUUCAGUAAUCAUCUGCAAGAAAGACCUCAUGGCAUCAAAGUCUCUUUUCUCUGUGAAUAUCUUUGUUUAAGUUGUCUUUUGAAGUCAAUGUUAGAAGAUGAGAGUUAGAAACUCUAUACUAAGAGACUGAGGGCAAGAAGUUGUAAGGAAAAAGUCCAUGUUCCAAUUAAAAGAUUGGAUUGCACUUGCCUUUGAAGUAUCUUUUUUCUUCCCCAAAAGUUGAGCUACAAAAUUGUGUGUGCCAUGUAACCUUAUGACUCCACUUGGAACAGGAAAUACUUUGUUGGUCUUUGUGUACCACACGCUGCAACGUGUACAUAUGUGCAUGGGUUUACUACAUUUGUUGGCCUGUCUCUCACUGCACUGAAAUCUGCAAGUGAAUACUUUUUUUUAAUACCAUCCAUUUUGAAAAAGUUCCUUCUCCAACUCCUCACUAUUUUUCCCUUUUAAUGUGUUGAUACACUUAGAAAACCAUUUAGGUUUUAGAAACCCUGAGAUUGAGUGGAGAAUUGUGCCUGAGAUCAUCCUUAUGUCCCUCUGACUUGAACAACUAAAGGAAGCAUGAGAUUUUCCAUUUAUUUUGCAGGGCUGUUCUGUGACACUGGUAAUACUCGCUAUAGCUGCCUAGCCACACUUUGAACAAGGAUAAAGUGUGUAUAUAUAUAAAUCUUCCUCUGUAGAUAGAUUUUAAGGAUUAGCUGUGGGAUUAUGAUUCCUUCACUCUUGGCUUGGCUGGAAUGAUGAGCAGUGACAGUUUGAGGACUGCCCAGUGACCUGUGGAAAGUGAGUUUGCUUAUGCCAGGGGAGACAUGUAAUUGUCCCUCUUGGCACUUCUGCAGAGCGGCCCAGGCACAGUGGGUUUGGAGCCUAAUCUGUUUUGUUUCCUUAGUCUCAGAACUUAGGCUGUAAAUACUCUGUGAAGAACUUGGUGAGGCACGUAAGGACAGUAGAGCGGCUUUCAAAAUAAAGAAAUGUUCUGUCAGUGAAUUUGCCAAUGUAGGCAGAAGUUUAAUACAGGCUGUUGAAGAGAUGUUUAAAAAUAUUCUACCUUACCAACUUUUUUUUAUCAGCCAAAUCACUAUUCAGGAGUUUCAUACAUAGUAGCAUUUUGUUGUUGCCUUUAGGUUUUUGGUUGUUAUCGUUGUUUUUUUUUUACUAUUGUGAGUGAUUGAUUACCAGCAAACUAACAGGAUGGACAAAGAGUUGUGUAAAUAGCUUCCCAUAUGACAUUACUUCGGAUAGCUUUUUUGACUUUUUCUUUCCAUUAUAAAUGGGGGGAUCAUUUGUAAACUCCCUUUCUGGAUAGGUACCAAAAAAAAAUACUGGCUUAUGGUCCCAUGCGACCUUGUCUCCAUUAAGCCCAGACUAUGAGUGCCUUUAGCAAGUUUUAGCAUUUCACUGAGAGAAGAGAUGAUAGAAUUAUUACCAUUAAUCACAGUUCAUUAAACACAGGAGCUUGGAAUAGCAAAGGUCUAUAUGAAUUCUGUGUUCUACAUUUUUUUUAAUGUGGGCUCAAUUUGAUAGUGAAACUGUUACCUCUACUGGUCAGAAACCACACACCCUGAAGAUGAAUUCAGUGUCCUAGGGUGGCAGCGGUCAUAGAGUACUUUCCACCUUUAACUACAUUACAUUUACAUUAGGUGAAUGGUGGUGUGUGGAUUGGGAAGAGCUUGACACUGAAUUUGGGAAAACUUCGUCCCGUGUUCUUUUUCAAACUCAGUCUCUGUAAAGGGGAGGGAACUGUGUGUUGCAGAUGAAGUGGGGGAAGAGAUGGUCAUGCACAAUAAAUACUAAUUGUGUUACUUUGUCUCCACAUCAAAAAAAGCACCUUCACAAACCAGGCCUGAGGCCUUCUACAACAAAAUUUUUCCUAUUUCAAAUAAUUUUUAAAAUUCCAAAUUGCUGAGUACUUUGAACCUUUAAAACACACUACUAAAUUAAUUUCAUUGUAGAAAUUUAACAUUUUAUUGUGAAAAUUUUCAAACAUCAGAGCUGAAAACAUUUUACAAUAUACCCACUACUGGAUUCUAUAGUCAAUAUUUUAUUGUACUACUACAUAUCUGUCCAUCCCGUCUAUUCACCCCUCAGUCCACAGUUUAUUUUAAAUACAUACUUCAGUGUAAAUUUCAGACAAUACAUUUCCCUUAAACACUUCAGCAUAGGUAUCAUUAACUAGAAUUUUAUACUUGUUUAAAUAUCAGUAUCUUUUUAAAGGUAGUGUCUCAGUCAUAAAUGUAAAUCAUGUGUUUAUUGAACUCAUGAAGUUGAUAACCUGAGCCAAUGAACAUACACUUUUUCUCCCGUGGACUUCAGCCUUCUUCCAGUUUCUAUGUUUGUAUGUGCUUAGAAUGAGGGAAGACAACACUUCAAACUGAAGUCUUCUUGUGUUGGACAUUUUAAAUGCUUAGUUGUCAUGUAUUUUAAAGUUUCAUGAUAAGAUUUCUCCCUUAUCCCUCUUGCUACGAUGUAUUUUUGCUGAACUAUGCAGCUUUAAAAGAUUGUGAGUUCCUGAUUGGGGUUGGGGAAGUCAGCUUAUACCUCAUUUCCACCUGAUGCUGCUUCUGUCGUCACAUUUCCUUCAUACUUUCGCCCAUUCUGCCAGAAAGUGCAGACUCAAACCAUAGAUGAUUAGCUGUUUUGAAAACUCUAGAAGAGCAGAUUAAGUGGUUUAGAAAGUUAAAACUAUGAAUUUAUAUAAAGCCUCUGAGUUUCCCGAGAAUGGAAUCGCCCAGGCUUCUUCUAGCCAUAAUGAGCAGGAUCAGAAGUGAUUGCACUGCACAGUGAGUUGUUGAAAUUGUGAGCCUUAGUAACAUCUUUAGCUUCAUUCUAGUACUGUCUGGAAAAAAUUUUUUGACAUAUGUCUUCAUUACACCAUUUUUUUUGGUGUGUGGGAAAAAUGGUAGGUGACUUGUUCCAGGGUACCAAGGUGGAAUGGGUAGGUUGGAAUUGAAACUUCAAUGUUCUUGAUUCAUAUUCUUGUGCUAGUUUGGUAAGAUUUAUGGCUUCUAAAUAACACUUCCUUUGGGGCCCUUAAGAUGAAAAUAUGUAUUUUUACUAAUUAGACUUUAUAUUUAGGCGUUCCAUGACUUUUUGAACUUAAAGAUCUUUUCAUGGUUAUAUUCCCUCAUUAUAACCAUGCAGUGAAAUUGCUAAAAAAUAUCACUUUACUGUUGAAUACUAACUAAUGCAGGUUUUAUCAGAUUUAUUUUUGCAUUUCAAUGACUUUCAUGAUUCAUUCAUAACUCUUUCUAUGUAAGUGCUUAAGCGACCCCCUCACUAGUGAAAAUGAAUGUUCUCUAUCACUGAUUAUAUGUAUAUUCUCUACAUGAUCUAUUUUUUAAAGGAAAAGUAACCCCAAUGUGUCAGAAUGAAUGAAUAUUAUCCUAGGGCAAAGAACAUACAACGUUUAUUUCUACUCUGCAAAUCUGGCAUUCGCAGGAAGAAAACUCCGAGUGGCUGGUCAUUGUUUGCCUUCUUUUGCUACUUGAGCCUUUCUGUGGUUUUGUAAAUUCGUGAGUCAUCUUAUGAGAAUUUCGUGUUGAUUCUGUGUUAAUUGGUGUUCACUUUGUGGUAUCCUUGGCUGCCCACAGCAGUUUAAUUUGGGUAUGGUGUGUCUGCUUUGAAAUGCCUUACUAGAGUAUGUCAGACUCUGCUCCACAGCAUUCCAUGUAUCUGCUAGGGCAGUACAUUGCCUCUCUUGGAUGUAUGCUCUUAGAUCCAGAAGCAAAAACGACUUUGCUUUCACUGUUAAGGUUGCAUUUUAGUGCCGUUAUUAUUUUAAAUUAGAGAACAAAGUCAUGGGAAACCAGUGGAGACUGUAGAAUCCUUAGUUUAAGGGCAUGGCAAGCUUGUAAAACAGUUUUUGCUAUUUCAUGAGAACAGUGUCUCUGGUAAAGGAUAUAACUAAAAAAAAAACAUGCCAGCCAGAACUGUGUGAAAUUGGAGUUGUUUCCUAAAAUUAUUUCUAAAUGUCCUGCAGGGGUUUAACAUCUGUGUAUGCUGUUGGGGCUAAGUGCCAGUCUCUACUUCGGAAAUGUUUCUGUUUUGGGGCUACAGAAAUGACAAAAAAAUGUCAUGGGGUUUAAACCAAUCAACUGUGAAUUGUGAAAUUGAAAAUUGCUCCUUUGGUUUUGUUUUCUUCUGUAUAUUGAAUAUAGAAAUCAAAAAGUUAUUUAAAAUUUAUACUGCUUAUGUUGAUGGCUCAUUUUGGCUGUGUAUCCUCACUAUGUACUGAUUUCUGAUAAAGGCUUGACAUUGUUAUAACAGGCAUUUUGUGUUCAAUUUAAUAAAACAGUUUCCAAGUCUUGUCCACAGAUUGUUUGGUUAUGAGUUGGAGGUCAAGGAAACAGGCACAUUGUCAGCACGGAGGUGUUAGUUUUAAUGCCUGUGGUUGAUGGCGGUGGGUUCACCAUUCAUCAGUCUGCACCUAAUCCGUCACGGACUCCCAGAGCUCACUUGGAGUACUGUCAGGUCUUGCGCUUGCAGUAGAAAUUAACCCAGCUGCCCCACCUCCCUGGAGUUAGCCUGGGACUGGAGGGAGUUCUUAAUUCUAUUGAUAUAUUUUAAAAUUUUUCCCUUCAAAUUCUGAGAAAAAUUGAGCUUAGCGCAAUCAUAAC